AUGCUCUCGGCCAGCUUGGACAUGAGGAUUAUGUUCCUCACUCAAAUAGGAAUUGGCCUCCUGGGAAAUAUCUCUCUCAUUUGUCUUUAUACCUUCACUUCCCUCACUGGACAUAAUUUUAGACCCACAGACCUCAUUCUCAUGCAACUGGUCUCAGCCAAUUGUGUGACUCUUUUCUCUAAAGGCAUCCCUCAGGCAAUGGCAGCUUUUGGAUGGAGGUAUUUCCUGGCUGAUAAUGGAUGUAAAUCUGUCUUCUAUUUUUACAGCAUGGGCAUAGGAGUUUCCUUAAGAACCAUCUGUCUCUACUUUGGCUUCCAGGCCAUUAAGCUGAACCCCAGUAUUUGGAGGUGGAUGGAGCUCAAGAUUAGAUCCCUAAAGUUCAUUGCCUUCCUCUGUUCCCUUUGCUGGAUCCUGCAAAUCUUGAUAAAUUCAUUUGUUCCCCUGGUAAUAAAUGGUCCCCUGAACAGGAAGAACUUCAGUCUGGAAAAUAAUUAUGUAUACUGUUCUUGGCAAACAAAUGAGGGAAUUGUAGGCACAUUCACUACUGUGAUUUAUUAUUGCCCGCACUUCAUGAGUUUGGGCUUUGUGAUCUGGGCCAGUAGCUCACUGGUUCUUGUCCUGCACAGACACAAGCAGCGAGUCCGGUGCAUUUGCAGCAGCAGACUCUCCUCCAGACCUUCCCAUGAGACCAGAGCCACAUGCACCAUCCUGAUCCUGAUGAGCAGCUUUGUUACAGUUUAUUCAGCCUAUUUAAUUUUGUCAGUUUAUACAACUCUACCAACAAAUCGAGGCCAGUGGAUGCUGAACAUGUCUGAGAUUGUGGUAUCAUCUUUGCCAUCAUUCUUCCCCUUUGUGCUUAUCAUCAGUGACACCCGGGUCUCUCAGCUCUGCUGGUUCUGCUGGGCUAGGAAAUGUGUUUCUUAA